GAUGAUAUUGAUUCUUGCAUCUACGAAGCAUCUCACUACACAAAUCGCUGCUGGCUGUUUCAUCGUUGCCCUAAUUAUUGUAUUCUUUUUAGCUAAAAAUUGGACGCUUCGAGGACUUUGCAUCGGAUUCAUUGUUUUAUUUGCUGCAAUUUGGUAUCUGCAAGAAGCAACGCCGGUUCAUAUGCUUAGGGAAGUGAUUCUGUUCACCGGUGUGAUGAACAGCUUGUUUUCGGUGUAUGAUAUAUACGAUGAUCUUAUAUCGCGGAGAAUUAAUACGAGUGAUGCUGAAAGAUUUGCAGAUGAGUGUCCCUGCUGUACUGGAUGUGGAUGGGGUGUCAUUUGGGCGUUCAUAUCUUUCACAUAUCUCUGUGGAUCUGUGUACCUUGCUCUUGUGAUCUUGUCUCCACGUCUGUGACUGCAUUGCAAAUUGGCCUAACAUGAACUCCGUUCGCCGCAUGCUUUCAAGCGUUUCAUUUGGCCGG